AUGACGACAGUCAUGGCUUCAGUAUGCGCAGCACCACAAUGUGGCAAAGAAACUAAUUCAAUGUUGAAAUGUCCAGUUUGUUUACAAGCAGGUAUUUCUAGUGUGUUUUGUGACCAAAAUUGUUUCCGUUCCAGCUACUCCAUUCACAAGGCGAUUCACAAAUCAGAUGAUGGUGAAGAAACUUAUAUUCCAUUCCCUAAUUUCUCAUACACUGGCGAUUUAAGACCUCACUAUCCAUUAAGUCCAAGAAGAUCCAUUCCCAAACAUAUCAAAUUGCCCGACUAUGCUCAACAUGGGAAACCAAUUAGUGAAAUCAAGAAUGAUCGUGUUGGCAAGAUACCUGUUUUGACUCCAAAGGAGAUCACCAAAAUUAGAAAAGUUAGUCAAGUGUCUAGAGAAGUUUUGGAUAUAACUGCUAGUCAUAUUAGGCCGGGAAUUACUACUGACGAAUUGGAUGAGAUCUUGCAUAGGGAGUGUGUCAAGAGAAAUGCAUAUCCAUCACCUUUAAAUUAUUACAACUUCCCCAAAUCCAUAUGUACCUCAGUUAAUGAAGUCAUUUGUCACGGUAUACCCGAUAAGACAAAGUUGAAGGAUGGUGAUAUUAUUAACUUAGAUGUUACGAUAUAUUACAUGGGGUUCCAUUCUGAUUUGAAUGAAACUUAUUACGUCGGCGAUAAAGCCAAGAGUGAUCCAGAUACUGUACGCUUAGUUGAAACCACCAGAGAGUGCCUUGAUUUGGCUAUUCAAGCGGUCAAGCCAGGUGUUGCAUUUAGAGACUUAGGCAAUAUUAUUGAAAAACAUGCAUCAGAAAACAAUUGUUCUGUUGUGCGUACCUAUUGUGGCCAUGGAUGUGGUACUUUGUUCCAUUGUCAACCGAAUAUCCCACAUUAUGCCAAGAACAAGGCUAUAGGUAUCAUCAAACCAGGCCAAGUAUUCACUAUUGAACCCAUGCUUAAUUUGGGUACCUAUAAAGAUUGUACUUGGCCUGACAAAUGGACAUCAACUACACAAGACGGAAAGAGGUCAGCACAAUUUGAACAUAUGUUGUUGGUUACUGAAGAUGGAGUUGAGGUGUUGACAGCUAGAAAUGAGAAUUCACCGGGUGGACCGAUUCCAAGAAUUUAG